UGGGACUAUUUUUUUUUGAACAGAUGGAAUACAACGUUGAAAUGCAAUUUAAGAAAUCAUAAUAUAGACUUAUAGAGUGAUCAAAUGGAGUAAUAUUCACCAACCACCCCAAGACAAUGACACAAUGAAGGCUGAAAUUGAGUGAGCGAUUGAUGAGUGACACCAACAAUUUUUUCCUUUUUCCUCCCCACUUCUCCACUCAUCUUCUUCUUUUUAUAAAAACCCAUCAAAAUCCUUCCCAUUUGCUAUCCUAUCCCUCAAUUCUGAUCAUCAUCAAAUCAUAUCAUACACUCCACAAUUUUCUUUUUUUAAAAAAAAAAUUUAAUUAAAAUAAAAUGGGUUCAACGGGAAAUGAUAGUAAUAAAUACAAUCAGGCGGGAGGAGAAGAAGAAGAAGAACAAGAGGCGUGUUUAUACGCCAUGCAGCUGGCCUCGGCAUCCGUGCUUCCGAUGGUUUUGAAAUCCGCCAUCGAACUCGACUUGCUGGAGCUGAUUGCCAAGUCUGGCCCCGGCGCUUACGUGUCUCCCUCCGAACUCGCCGCCCAGCUUCCGGUCACUAACAACCCGGAGGCUCCGGUGAUGCUGGAUCGUAUUCUCCGGGUGCUGGCCAGUUACUCGGUGCUCAACUGUAAGCUCCGGGAAGCGGAGGGCGGCGGAGUUGAGCGGCUUUAUGGGUUGGCGCCGGUGUGCAAGUACUUGACCAAGAACGCGGAUGGAGUUUCCAUGGCUGCUUUGGUGCUGAUGAAUCAAGAUAAAGUCCUCAUGGAAAGCUGGUACCACCUGAAGGACGCAGUUCUGGAAGGAGGGAUCCCAUUCAACAAAGCCUAUGGAAUGACAGCAUUUGAGUACCAUGGCACCGAUCCUAGGUUCAACAAGGUGUUUAACCAAGGGAUGUCCAACCACUCCACCAUUACCAUGAAGAAGAUUUUGGAGGUCUACGAUGGUUUCCGCGGCCUUAACACGGUGGUCGAUGUCGGGGGCGGUACCGGAGCCACCCUUAACAUGAUCAUCUCCAAGUAUCCCAUUAUCAAGGGCAUCAAUUUUGAACUCCCUCAUGUUGUCGAAGAUGCUACUCCUUAUCCAGGUGCUUUUAAUCGUGCUUUUUUCUUUUAAUUGUAGUAUAUCAUUUUGCACGACAGUAUAACUAGUUAAUUACCAGAAAGUAUAUAUAUAUAGUAUGGAAUUUGGUUGUUACUAUUAUUUGUUUAAAUGUCACACAUAGAGAACUCUUUUGUAGCAGACUCAUAAUUUUCACUUUGCCAAUUGAUUUUUGAUAAUUCAUUCACAUGCAGGCGUGGAGCAUGUUGGAGGGGACAUGUUUGUUAGCGUUCCGACAGGAGAUGCCAUCUUCAUGAAGGUAUGUUUCACCUUUCCAAUUUUUUUUUUUUUAAGUGAAAGCACACUGAUUACAAAAUGAAAAAAAAAAGAAGAAAAAAAGUGACAAAAAGUAAUGAAAUGCCAUGGUUUUAUGUGCGAUGUUUGCAGUGGAUUUGUCAUGAUUGGAGCGAUGAACACUGCCGGAAACUGCUGAAGAACUGCUAUGAUGCCCUUCCGGCGAACGGAAAGGUCAUCCUGGCUGAGUUUAUACUUCCGGAAGCACCGGACACGUCGCUGGCGACACAGAACACCGUCCAUGUGGACGUGAUAAUGUUAGCCCACAACCCUGGCGGGAAAGAGAGGACUGAGAAGGAAUUUGAGGCCUUGGCAAAGGGUGCUGGAUUCAGAGAAUUCCACAAGAUUUGCUCUGCCGUCAAUACUUGGAUCAUGGAACUCUUGAAAUGAUCAAUCAAACUGAUUUUUCUCUGCAAAUUGAGGGGAAGAUUCGUGGCGUUUGAUGUGAUUUGACGAUUUUUAUCUUGUUUGAUUUUGUUAAGAGUUUGAAAUGAAGCCAUCAUACUAUCAUAGCUAGCUUUCUUUUGUCUCUAUUUUUUGUAAAUGGAGAAAGUGUAUUUCUCUCUUUCUUUUCCUUCCACCUGUUGGUUUGCAACGUCGAGAUGGAAAAAAUGAUAUGGAAUAUGGACCAUUUGUACAUGGCAAUAAAAUUAUCAAUCAAUCAACCUUAUGUUCCUUCCACACAGUGCCAUUAUUUGAUUUAGUUAGUCUUCGUUAACUAAAUAGGUAGAUCUACUUAUAACUGCUCUACAGGCACCACCUCAUGUGUUCUUAUAUGUUUGUUUUGAUCAAAUAAGUUCGCACAACUUAUGUACUCCCUGAAGAUUAACAGAUAAAUCAUAUACAGAAAUCUUUGACGUUAUCAUAUGAAUCGGUUUGAUUAUUUAGCAUUUGGCAUCAGAUAACACAAUACAGGUAGCAUAAGACAUUUAUACUUAACAAUAACAAAAACCUAAAUCAAGCUACAAGUGUUCUAUAAUGUACAAGCAGUACUACUACCUGAUCAACGGCUCGCCCAAGGAACCCAAAGACUAACAUGAUUUACUUGAGGACAGGAAACAAGGAGUUUUCCCGGUCUCACAAAUCAAAAUCUUCUGAACUUUCAAUGAGAAUCAAAGCCAGAAGAUUCAUAAGCUUACAUUAUUACUAUUAUUAUUAUUAUUAUUAUUAUUAUUAUUAUUAUUAUUAUCAUACAACAACAAUGAUUACAAUUUUAAAUCUGUAAGCUAAUUUGGGACCGCCUGCCAUGGAGAUGGACCUCAUAAUAGCUACCAUAUUAAUGAUCCGAGUCCUGAAACUCGUCCCAGGAUGCCCAUAUCCAUCUGGACAACAAAAAUUGAAAAAAAAAAAAAAACAGAUAAAUGGAUAUAUUAUGCGUAUUAAUUUGGAAAAUAACAGGGGUGAACUUUAUUAGUACUAUUAUAUAUUUUGGUUUCUAAAAUUUGGGUUCUCACUUUUUUUUGAAAAAAAAAAAAAAUUCAAUCUGAUUCUGUCAGUGGUCAGACAUUAAUUCUCCUCCAGUCCUCCUUGUAAUAUUGUUG